UGAAAAUUUAAGUACAUUAAUCUGAGAAUACAAACUUUUAUUUUAUUUAUAAUGAUAAUGAGUAUUUUUUUACAUAGAAUCACUUUCUAUCUCUAAUUACCGAACACCCUGUACAUCCUCAGAUUGAUUUCAAAUUUGACCAAUAUAUUGCAGUCCUGUCUCGUUACAGUAUUAACGAAACAUCAAAAUGUUUGGUCUUUAUAAAACACACACACACAGAGGCACAGGCACAAAUUAAAAAAUUUUCACUUAUUGACUGAUGCGUAUGAUUGAUUGACGCGUUUCGCGAUCGACCAUUUCAAAUUUCCCGCGUCCAUCGAUACGAUCUCUCGUUCCGAACGAAAUCACAAUGGGAAACAAGAAUGGCCGACUGUGGAUAGUAAAAACUUGUUGUCCCCCCCGUUAUCGAACAUCCCGAUAGAAAUUAAAUUCAAGGCCCGUUCGAAGAGAGAAGCGAACUUUUGUCGCGCGACAAAAAGUUUCUCCGAACGAUGAGUAACGUGGACGUCCGUUUUCGGUUUCGUAGGUGCGUUGAGCAGCCAAUGGUGAACAAGGAAACAAAAUGCCGCGAUUAAAAGUUCCCGAGGUUCUGACACGUUUGCAAAUUUAAGAUACAAACGGUGAAUCUCGUAACACGUUCUCGUGAAUGCAGGCUCGUCAACAGCGUGUAAGAGUACACCGGUCAGAGCGUGUUGUUUGUUCGUGCGUAAAAGGUGUGCGAUCGUUGUACAAACAUUAUGACGAAUUGCUGUCCUUCAAGCGAUACGAAGGGUUUUGUCUGUUUUUUUUUUUCACCGUCCGUGUGUUCCUUCGCCUUUGCGCGAUUACGCUAAACAUGUGCGGUCGUGAACGUAGGUGCAGUUAACAGAUCACGAAGCAGUGGUAGCCGCAGUGGAUCAACGUGAAACCUUCUUUUACAUAAUAAGCAUUAGGUGCUUGUAUGUCAAUCAUGAAGAAACAAUUCUUCAGAGUCAAACAGCUCGCCGAUCAAACAUUUUCCAGAGCUGGCAAGACCGAAGUGCUUACGGAUGAUUUGCAAGCCGCAGAUAAACAUGUAGAUCAAAUUAGGAUGGCUCUCAUUGGAUUAAACAAGAGACUUGGCAAUCCACUGAAUCAGGCUAUGAUACAAGAUGUUGCGCUUAAAGAAAAACGAUUGAAAAAAUGUCCGGAAUAUAUAUUAGGGCAAACAAUGUUGGAAAAUGCCUCUGAAGAUGGCCUCAUGGGUUUUACUUUAUCCGAAUGUGGUCGUGCGCAGGUGUAUUUAGCGAAUGAAGAAAUUGAACACGAAGCGAAAGUUGAACAAUAUGUUGCAAUACCGCUUCAACAUAUUUUAGACACAGACGUACCAAAUAUUAUAAAGCAUAAAAGAAAUUUAGCCCGAUUAACUUUAGAUAUGGACAGCGUGAGGACAAGAUAUCAACAAGCCAGUAAACAUAGUGCUAGUGCAGGUGCAACGAAGGUAGAUAAUUUAAGAGAAGAAUUAGAGGAGGCGGAAACUAAAGUUGAACAAUGUAGAGAUCAACUGGCCGCAGAAAUGUUUCAACUUAUGUCACGUGAAGCUGAAUUGGCACACACUAUUAUACAAUACGUGAAACUUCAAAGAGCUUAUCACGAAAGUGCUUUGCAUUGUCUCGAAGACCUCAUUCCUGGAUUAGAAAGUUAUAUUAAUGAUAAUGAAAUGAAACCAGUUUAUGGCUAUCCUCUGGAAGAACAUCUCAGAGUAACUAACAGAAAGAUUGCAUUGCCCAUUCAAUUGUGUGUGUCUGCGUUGCUAAGAUUAGGUAUGGAAGAAGAAGGCCUUUUUAGAAUAGCUGGCGCUGCGUCGAAAUCACGACGAAUUAAACUGAGUUUAGAUGCAUGCUGCCUCACAUUACCAACUGCUCUUGAAUACAAAGAUCCACAUGUAAUUGCUGGCGCAUUAAAAUCUUACCUUCGAGAAUUACCCGAGCCUCUUCUAACGUACAAAUUAUAUUCUGAAUGGAUGACAGCUGCGAAGAUAACUCAAAAUGAAACAAGAUUGAGAGCUCUCUGGGAGGUGUUACAUAAGUUACCACCUGCAAAUUUAGAAAAUUUACGGUUCCUAAUUAAAUUUUUAGCUGUUCUCACUAAAAAUCAAGAUGUGAACAAAAUGUCACCACAAAAUAUUGCAAUUGUAAUCGCGCCUAACUUAAUAUGGAGUCCACAGGAGGAUGUAAAUACAAUGGUAAUGAAUAUGAGCACGGCUAAUAACUCUAGUCUUAUAGUUGAUCAAUUGAUCACGUAUGCAGAUUGGUUUUUUCCUGGUGAAAUAGAUUUCGAUCGUGAUUUAGAUGUCGGUAUUAUAAACUGUUCAGAAAAUCAAACCACGAAUAUGCGUCGUUGUGUUUCCAAUAGCAGUCUUAGUGAUCAUGGAGAAAGCCCUCCACAAGGUAGUCCUAAACCAGCAGCUCGCAGGAAAAACAAACCAGCUCCAACACCACCAAAUAGCACUACUCCAGAUAAACAUGAUAAAAAAUCUGAUGAUAAACCACCACCGACGCCUGAUAAACCACCUAGACCUUUAACAUCAACUCUUAAUCGUAUGAAAAAACACGAAACAAUAAAUACUGAGUCAAUCGUAAAACAUGACAAUAACACAGAUAAGCAGGACGGAGGGAUAGAAACAGAAACUAAACAACACAAUACUGAAGUAAAUGCACUUAUAGAUUCUUCGUCAAUUGAUUGUUCAGAUCGUGUUAACGAAGUACAAGAAGAUUUACACAAUACGAACACGGAAACUGAAAAGGUUAACCAAGAAAAUCAAAAAGCUGAAAAGAAAUUAUACACUCCUGUUGCUCUUGAGAGAAAUACCAUAGAAAAUGCAGUAUGCAAUAAAUCUAUUAUAGAACUAGAAAACUCAGAAAAUUCAACACAUAAAUUGAAGGUGACAUCAACUGAAAAACCGCUUCCUUCUACACUAGAGAGACGCAGACCAGUAGCUGCUCCAAGAAGUAUAACCAACAUAGUACAUAAUACAGAAGAAAUGGUCGAAUUACGUAAGAAGACGGACAAUAAUCCUGUAUGUACAAGCACACUUGAUAGAAGUAGUAAACCAGCUAUUCCAGAACGACCAGCCGGAUUAAUUCGACCUUCGAGUCUCAUUAAACAACAACAACCACGGCACAGCAAUGAGAACUUAGACAGCGAAACAGGGCCUUUAACUUUGGAAAGAGCUCAUGUAUAUUCAGUGGACAAACAACAGGUCAGUAUAAUACAAGUGCGUGGCAAUGGCAAUGCGUUCUGCACCUCGGGGAACAACAAUGGCAACGCGGCUUCGAACUUACAGAGGAGCCCCAGUGUAGGUAGUCGACCGUCAUCUAUGUCCUUGUACGGCGAACGACCGGAAAAGCCAGCCAAAUUGAACGCUCCGGAACAAACGAAAGCUCACGUACGAACCAGAUCAGAAGGAAAUAUUAUCGAUGUUCAAACUCAGACUGAGACGGUAGUUGUUGUCAAAUCACCGCAACAACCUGUUCCGGCCUCUCCAAGAUUUCAUCAAAGGCCUCCGCGGCCACAACCGCCGCCACCACCUCCACCCACCGCGCGAAUUAAAUCAGAACACGAAAGUACUAAUCUCUAGAAUUAACUGUGUAAAAAGUGAUUACUACAUUCAUAAGAGAACUUUUAAAUUAAUAUUUAAAGAAAGAAAAAAAAAUGAAAGGCUAUAUUUCUUAUAAGACAAUAUGAAACUGCAGGAAACUUUUAACAGAAAUUAUAUAAGUUUUCCUACUUUUAGUGAAAUGAAUAUUUAACAAUCACAUUGAAAUUGAUAGCACAUCAUUUAAACAAAAUUUUUGAAGUUGUGCAGAAAAUGAGAAAUAUGUUUUCUUCUGUAUUUUUAAAAUGGUAAUAAAUAGCAAAAAGCGAAAAAUAAAUUUGCAAUUGUAAUAUUAAACAUUUUUAAGUUUUUAUAGUUAUAUAUUAAAGGUAAUUGAAAGAAAUUAUAUAUGUUAUUUCCAUAUUUAACUCUAGUAUUUUUGCAACUUAUCGAUUUUUAUAUUUGUAAAAAUAAUGAAAACGUAUAAACGUAAAUGUCUAAAAUGAUGUGGCAUUUGAUCUCUCUAGAUUGACAUAUGUUUUAAGCACACAAAUUUCAGUAUGGUUAUUAUGUAAUACAAAAUGGAACAUACUUGGCAUUAAUUAUAACAUGUUUGUAUUUUGUAUGUAAUUUAUUUAUAUUUACAGAGUAUAUGCUAGAUUGUAAUGCAUUUAAUAAGGUGAUUACUUAUAAAAAAAAAGGAAAGAAAUGAAUUUUUGGAAUUAGUUUUAAGCUGUUACGAAAAAUAAUUUUGGAUAAAAUAAUAUUUUGACUGCAAUGUAAAUAAAUAGGCGUCUAUUGCGUGUAUUUGUUUUACAAAAUAACAAUACUGUGAUAACAUAAAAUUUAUAUUGCCAAAAAUUCUAAAAUUUUCAGUUGUUUUAACUUCAGUUAUUUAGCUUAAACAAAAAUAAUAUUUAAUAUGAUUUUCCAAUUGUAUUCAAAGUUAAUUCUGUUGUAUUAGAUGUAUAAGAUUAUUUUGUUUUUAUUUACUGAUGCAAUAUUUAUAAUUUACAAAAUUUUACAAUCCAUUAACAAAUUUUACUUUUUCA